UUUAAGUUUCAAGGUACAUAUUACCUCCCAUCUUCCUCCUACGUGGCUAACCUUUGCUCUUUCGUAAUAAACAUUGUUCUCUUUUCAAUGGCUUUGCGUGGCAAAGAGCUUGAGUUUAACCUACAAGAAUGGAGUCGAAAAGGUCAUUUUACUCGUGAAACCCCUGGUUCUAGAAGGUUUUCUGCUUCCUCACGAGAAGAUCGCAAGUCUUCUAGAACAACCUUCACCAUCUCUAGUACUCUCUCUUCUCCUGGCUACUCCCAUACAGAUCAGGAGAUUGACCCAUCAAAUUAUUCAUUCACUAGUGCACUCAAGGCAUUGCAAGCCAAAACAACGUACAAGAAGAAUCAAGAUUGGUUAAAACCAGAAGGUGUUGAGUUAAACUCGAAAUGGAACGAAGCAGAGAAGUACAUUUGCAAUCCUUUGUCUGGUGAAGUUCCUAUGGAGUGUUUGUCGUCUAAAACCCUAAACUCAAUAUCCUUCAGAGACGUAUCCAACAAGUCUACUCCACUCAUGAAUUUUCCCUCUAAUCACAAUCUCAACAAUUCAAGAACGAGUAAUCCCAACGUCAGAAUCAUUCAAGAGGAUCAUGUAUCCACCAAUCCUGUUCUUAUUCAAGAAAAGAAAGUUGUGGGGUUGAAACGAGAUGUGGGUGUGCAGAGUGCACCGGUAAGUGUUAGCCUGGUGAAGACGCCACCGACGAAAGCUGAUGAUUCGCAGGACGAGUUUGCACUUGAGUUGAAAGCUCAACAAGAGGAUUUGAAGGUAGAUGAAGACAAGAAACAUAUGAUGACAAAAGAAAAUCAAGAAGAGAAGAAGAAAACAGGAAGAAGGUUGUUUUCAUGGAUGAGAAAAAGGCAAAGGCAACCAACAAAAUCCAAAUGCUUCUUUCUCAUUUGUCUUAUCAAAGCUUUUUGAGCUUCAAAACCAAUAAUAUUAUAGUAAACAAAUAAAAUAAAAGGUUAAUGGUGUGUAAAAUAAACUUGUUUGAACUCUGUUUUUAUUGUCUGUGGUCUCUGCAUAAUUUUAAAGUUUUACUUGUUUCUCGCCGGAGUUGGAGCCUUGGGAGUGUUUGAUUUUGUUCCCAAGAUUCAUUAAAGAUGGGGGUUUCACUUCCAAA